GUGUGAUGAACAUCCGUGGCGCACUGACGCACCGAGUCCAUAACCAAAACAAGCUCUGAGCCUCGCAGUCCGCAGGGAGGGACACAUUGUGGAGUACAGUGCCAUGCAGGGAGAGGACGCCAGCUGAGAGAAAAGACGCACAGCCGUGGAUAUUUGCUCUUCCCUGCACCUUUGGAUAACUUGGAGAUUUGGAACUGCUUCUUCUGGACGCCUUUGACGCACAGCAACAAGGGAGCUACUGGACUUCCUUGGAGCGGGGGAUUUAUAUAUUUUAGAGUUGUUGUUGUUGGGUUUUUUUUAUUCGUUUCCCUCGGUGUUGCAAAGUACUUGGGAAUAAGAAGGUUUUGCGGGUUUAUUGGCUGGUGACGCGGCUGCCCUGGAGAAACGAGAAGGAUGGCAGCCUGGUUCACCUUUACCAUCGCGUUCAGCACCACGUUGAUAUCACAGGUGUUUGGAUGGGGAGCUUUUGAGCUGGAGCUCCACGAAUUUAAAAAUCAUAAGGGUUUGCUGUCAAAUGGAAACGCGUGCAAACCCAGCUGCAGGACUUAUUUCAGAAUAUGCUUGAAGAACUACCAGAGCGUGGUCUUGCCAGGUAACUGCGUCUUUGGAAGUACGAUGACACCCGUGUUGGGGACGAACUCUUUCAGCGCCAAGGACAGUGGCACUUUACCCAGACCGAUUCAGAUCCCCUUCAAGUUCGGAUGGCCGGGGUCAUUUUCAUUAAUAAUUGAAGCCUGGCAUUCACCUUAUGGAAAUCUACCUGUAGAUACCAACAACCCAGACUUUCUGAUUAGCCUUUUUGCAGUCCAAAAACAGCUGGGUGUGGGAACUGAAUGGUCCCAGGAUACACUGACUAAAAAUCACACAGAGCUGAAAUAUUCCUACCGGUUCAUCUGCAACGAAAGCUACUAUGGAGAAAGUUGUUCCAAAAAGUGUACGCCCAGAGAUGACCGGUUUGGCCACUACACCUGCACCAGAGAUGGACAGCUAUCCUGUCUGCCGGGCUGGAAGGGCAAAUACUGUGAAGAACCUAUCUGUCUUGAGGGCUGCAGCGAGAGGAAUGGGAACUGCUCCAAACCCGGGGAGUGUGUAUGCAGAGAAGGUUGGCAAGGAACGUUCUGCGACGAGUGCAAGAAGUACCCGGCCUGCAAGCACGGUACCUGCAGGCUGCCGUGGCAGUGUAACUGCCAGGAGGGCUGGGGAGGCCUAUUAUGUGACCAAGACCUGAACUUCUGCACCCAUCACCAUCCCUGUGUGAAUGGCGCCACCUGUAUGAAUACAGGCCAAGGGAGUUAUACGUGUACUUGCUUGCCUGGAUUCACUGGGGUGAACUGCGAGCUGGAGAUGCAGGAGUGUGACAGCAACCCCUGCAGGAAUGGAGGAACAUGCACAAAUUUGGAGAGUGGCUACAAGUGCACAUGCCCCAAAGGUUUUGAGGGCUCCCACUGUGAGCACAGCCUGCUGACGUGCGCGGACUCCCCGUGCUUCCACAACGGCAAGUGCUUGGAGAAGGACAGUGGUCGCAGCUACAUGUGCGAGUGUCCCCGCGGCUACACCGGACUCAACUGUGAGAAGAGAGUGGACAAGUGCACGUCGCUUCCCUGCGCUAAUGGUGGUUUGUGUCUGAUCCAGGGUGGUAUGCGUGUAUGUAGCUGCCGUGCAGGAUUCACUGGCCAGCGCUGCGAAAUCAACAUCAACGAAUGCGCUGGAAGCCCCUGCCUCAAUGGAGGCACUUGCCAAGACCGAAUCAACGACUAUGUCUGCACUUGUCCAGCGGGCUACAGCGGGCGCAACUGCGACAGAGUGCAGGAUGAGUGUUUACUUCGGCCGUGCCUCAACGGAGGCGUUUGCACUGGAGGCGGAGGGCCGGGCAAAUCCCCGGCGGCCUGCAUCUGCCCUUCUGGCUUCACCGGGUCUCAGUGUGAAUACUUCUCCUCCCCUGCAGUGCAGAGCGAAGAUGGCUUCCAGUGGGCGGCAGUCUCGCUGGCUGUGGGUCUUGUGGCGCUGCUGGUGCUCUUGUGCAUGGUGGGCUUGGCUUUGAGGCACAUCCAAAGGCAGGCGCAAAGACAGGAAGGAGAAACGGAGACUAUGAACAACUUGUCCAAUGUGCAGAAGGACAACCUGAUCCCAGCGUCGCAGUUGAAAAACAUCAACCAAAAAGUCAGCCUGGAGGUGGACUGUGAUUCCGAGAAAUCGAACUUUAUCUAUAAAAACUAUCACUUAGACUCUUACAACUCUAAAUCAAAAGAGUUCAAGGAUGAGAAGUCCCCGGAGGAUAAAAGUCUUAUUUAUGACAAGUGUAAAGAAGAUAAAAUGCCUUUGAGUAGAAUGUACAGUGAAAAGCCAGAGUGUAGAAUAUCUACAAUAUGCUCCUCAAGAGACUCCAUGUACCAGUCAGUAUAUGUUAUAGCAGAGGAGAGGAGGGAAUGCGUCAUAGCAACUGAGGUAUAAGCUGUGAGUGGUCAGAAAAAAGCAAGGGAAGGAGGACGGAGACACAAUCAACGCAGAAUAUAAUUUUGUGGAUUGUUUACAAAAUGCCGAGAAGAGACUGGAGAUUGUUUAAGAUGUUCACCGCUGCUCUGGAACACUGAAUAACUGGAGAGGGAGGAGACCUCUGCUCUGCAAAAAAAGGAAAACAAGAAGAAAUGGAAGAAAAAAAAAGAGAUGAGAAACUUUAUGCUGACCGGGUGUUUGUAUGCAAAGCAUGUACAGUGAAGGACCUCUCUUAGUUGUGACAAUUGUUAAACAACCUGGCAAAAUAGACUGACUGCACAACUGACGGAGCGUCAGUGAAAUGCUCGUUUAUAAUCUUGGCUAUCUUGGACAGUAAAAAGGAGAUGAAGGUGGAUCAUUGCCCCUCAGAUCUGACCUGGCCUUGUUUGAUAAUCAUAAAAGACUUUGACAGCCAACCAAUCAGCUUAAAAGAAGAAAAAAAAAAGGUGCCUAAGAUUUGAUCCCUCUAAUAAACCCCCUCCCCAACACUCACUCCUGCCAGCUUCGCCUGCUAUGCAAGACUCAGGGUCGAGAUGAGUGAACUCGCCCGCUGUCGCAAUCCAACCUCACCAACAGUGAAAGUUAUGAAUGUCUGAAACUAAUCUUCAACUAUCGCUAAUGUGAAAGAGACGGGUUGGACUUGGUCAGCGGAAUUGGUGGCGAUUGUAUGCAGCCCAAAUUCACUAGAAGCCUUAAAAAAAAAGGGGAGGGGAGGGGGUGUUUGAAUGCAAAAAAAAUUGUGCCCUUGUCUGUUCUUGGAUCAUUUGCACUAAAAGAAAAAGAAGAGGAAGAAGAGGAGGAGGAGGGGAAAAAAAUCAGCAAGGAAAAUACCUUUUAAUCAACAGGAUUUGAAGAGAAAAGCCACGGGAACCUGACAGUCAGUGCUGUGCCAGCAAGAUCCAAGAGAAAAUGGAAAUGUGUUGUUUUACGCAACCCGACUGAGAAAAACAGACACUCGAAACAAGCAGAAAAAAGACUGUCAAACCACUGCCUGCCUAUAAUAAAUUUACAAAACCAAUAAUGUAAGUUUUUUUUUAAAUGAUUAUCUCUAGAGUUUAAUUUAAAUAUGACACACUGCUCUUUAUAUGUUUUAUAAUAUUAUUUUGUAUAUAAUGCAUAUUUAUAAGGACCAAACUUCUGAAGAAUAAAACUUCUUUGAAAACUGUUUGUCAGUAAAUGUAAAAGGAAAUUAU